AUUUUAUUUUGAAAGUCACUUUCUCCAUGAAGCAGUGAAAUGAAGUGAGCUUGUCUCAGCUUGUAUGGAGGAUCCCACAGAUGGAGCAGGUCUGCUGCUGACAGAGCCACUCUGCUGGAUUGCUGCACUGAUGGACUGAUGGAGGACUGCAGAUCUCUCCCAGGCUGAUUAUAAUGAUGUCAGACAACUUGGAACUGAGUGAUGAUGUUGGUGUUCUGCCCCAUCAUGAGGUGGAACCUGCCAGGGAGGAGGAUGGACACUGCCCCUUUCCCUUCAGGCUGCAGUUGAUUGACGACUUGUCCUAUGAAGAUGUGAAGAAGUGUUACAGAGGAUCAACUGUCAGCAAAUACAACUCUCAGUACCACAAACUGUUCCAGACUGUUCCUAAAGAAGAGAUCCUGAUGAAAGUGUACUCCUGUGCAUUGCUGAGAGACAUCCUGCUGCAGGGACGACUCUACAUAUCCAGGAACUGGCUGUGUUUCUAUGCAAACCUGUUUGGUAAAGACAUCAAGGUCUGUAUACCUGUGGUGUCAGUUCGGCUGGUGAAGAAGCAUAAGACAGCUGGCCUGGUGCCAAAUGGUCUGGCCAUCACCACAGACACAGGACAGAAGUAUGUGUUUGUGUCCCUGCUGUCCAGAGACAGUGUCUAUGAUGUUCUUAGGAGGAUCUGCACUCACCUCCAGGUGAAUGGAAAGAGUCUCAGUCUGAAACAGUUCCUGGAGGAGCCCAGCUCUCUAGCUAUGGAUGAGUAUCCAGAGUUGUUGAAGUGGGGAAGGAAACCAUCACUGCCUGCUGUCUCUUCUUCCCUCCCAGACUUGCUUGGAAACUCGUCCCCCAGCCUUGCCACAGACACGCCCUUCAGCACUCAAACACUGACCAACAGCAGUCUGGAAACGGAAAAGAGCAUGCUGACGGAACCAGUCCCUGAACUGGGACAGAUGGAGUACCAGCUACUGAAACUAUUCAUUUUACUUGUCUUCUUGCUGGUUCUGUCGUCCUGCUAUCUGGCCUUCAGAGUUUGUCGUCUGGAGCAACAACUCAGCUUCCUGAACAGCCAGUCAACACUGAGCUAGAGAUGUGAGGAGGCGCCUUCUGAUUGGCCAGUUGCAGGACAGAAACCUGAUGCUGAAAACAAUCAGGAGACGAAGAGAACAUCUGCACUGAUACGGGAUUCCCAUUGUAAUGAGAUGGUGAGAAGAGAUGCUCUCAGGAGAAGCCAUCAGUGGCUUUACUCCACUUUCCAUAGAAAAGUGUGAAUAGUCAGCACAAACAGUAUAUUAACCCUUGACUUUGGCAAUGUCAAAUGAAGGUCAGAGGUCUGAAGAAAAAUAGUGCUGUAAAUUUUCAGUUCGGGGUUACAUGUAGAAACAGGAGACAGAGCUUAAACUCACAGAUUGACAGAGCAGGUUGGAAUAACCUACCUUGAAACACAUGCACCCUAGGAGAGCUAGUGCUAUAUGAAGAUAUGCGGUCACAACAAAUAACGUUUUGAUUUAGUUGUUCUCUUUUCACUGUACUUUACAGGAGGAAGUCAACUGAUAAAUUUAAAAUAAUUAAUGGCAAUAUUUUUGAAAGCAUCUUUACUUUUGCUACUUAAAACUUUUGCACAUUACUGAAAGGGAGUUAUAUGUACACAAAUCUCUCCCGGAUAGAGAAAAACUUUCUGAGUCACAUAAACAUGCGCUAACACAAUUUGAAUGUAACAGUAUUUAGUCCAAUCUCGCGACAGUAGGUUCAGUAGCUGUUUUCAUAUGUUGUCGUAAAAUGUUCGAUGUGCGGAAGCAAUAGCUGAAUUUGUGUUUACCCUCAUUUUGUGUUGCCAGAAACCAUUAUGUCUGCGAGUAAUGCCGUAGAUGGUCGUAGACUCUGAUCGAUUUUACAAUUUCUUUCUUUCUUUGUCAGUUCUUUGCCAAAUUAAAUAUUUGGACUGCAA